CACGCGCGCACCUGAAUGGACGCCGGACCGCCGUCUCUCCAACCGGAUGAACACAGACCAGGAUCUCCGACGAAGUGCAGUGGGGCAGUGGCAAAAAGCCUCCACGACCGGGACGUUGUAAAGCCGCACCGAAGCAAUAGGCCCUGUUGGGCCAGCGACCCACUCACCACUCCACACGCUCCCUCGCUCGCCGCCAAGCCGACCCCGGCGCGUGCGGGCGGUCCGCCGCGCCUGGCCUGCGGAAUGCCGCACGCCGUCCUGGCCCGCCUGCCCCCGGGCUCCGUCCGGCUCGUCAUCGCCUUCGGGCUGCUGCUCCUCGUCUCGCUGCUCGUCCUCCUCCGCCGCCCCGCGGGGCCGCUGGCGAGGCCCGGGGACGGCCGCCUCCCCGUCCCCGACCCCGCCGCGCUCUUCCUCUCGCUGUCCGCGGGGGCCAACGCGAGCAUCGCGGCCGACCUCCGCGCGCUCACCGCGGGGCCGCACCUCGCGGGGACGCCCGCGGCUGCCCCCACCGCCGCGCACGUCCUCGGGCGGCUCCGCGCCGCGGGGCUCCAAACCCUAACGCGGGAGUACGCGCCGCUGCUCUCGUACCCCGGCCGCGCCUCCUCCCUCGCGCUGCUCCGGCCCGACGGGUCCCCGCUCGCGCGCCUGUCGCUGGACGAGCCCGCGGACGAGGGGCGCCGCCUCGUGCCGCCCUACCACGCGUACGCGCCGUCCGGCGCGGCCGUCGCGGAGGCGGUGUUCGUCAACCUCGGACGCGAGGAGGACUACGCCACGCUCGAGAGGCUCGGGGUGGGCGUGCGCGGUCGCGUCGCGGUGGCGCGGCGCGGGGGCGGGUACCGGGGCGGGGUGGUGGCGCGCGCAGCGGAGAAGGGCGCUGUCGCCGUGCUCAUCGCGGGACGCGCGGACGGCGGCGUAGAGAGAGGCGUCGUUCUGCUCGGAGGCCCCGGAGACCCGCUCACGCCCGGGUGGGCAGCCACCGACGGGGCUGAGCGUUUGGGGUUCGACGAUGAGGCAGUCAAGCGGCGGUUCCCGAAGAUCCCCUCAAUGCCGGUGUCGGCCGAAACGGCGGUAGCAAUCAUUCGAAGCCUUGGCGGUCCGCCCAUACCGGCGGAAUGGCAGGCCGGGCUCGGGGUGGACGCCGGUGGCGUUGGACCGGGCCCCACGUUGGUCAACUUCACGUAUCAGGAGGACAGGAAGUUUGAAAAGAUACAUGACAUUUUUGGUGUCAUAAAAGGGUCCGAAGAACCUGACCGUUACGUGAUACUUGGUAACCACAGAGAUACAUGGACCUAUGGAGCAGUUGACCCUAACAGUGGGACAGCUUCACUUCUUGACAUAGCUCGGCGUCUUGGAAUAAUGCUGCAGUCAGGAUGGAAACCGCGGAGGUCCAUCAUUCUUUGUAGCUGGGACGCUGAAGAGUUUGGGAUGAUUGGCUCAACUGAAUGGGUUGAAGAGAACCUCGCAGAUCUGCAUUCCAAAGCUGUAGCUUACUUGAAUGUUGAUUGUGCCGUGCAAGGUGUGGGUUUUUUUGCUGGCUCUACUCCUCAAUUGGAUAAACUCUUGGUUGAUAUUACAAGACAGGUAAAGGAUCCGGACGUCAUGGGAAAGAUGGUUCAUGAUACAUGGAAUGAAAUGAAUGGCGGCAUCAGUAUAGAAAGACUUGCCAGAACUGAUUCUGACUUUGCUCCAUUUCUACAUCAUGCUGGAAUUCCCUCUGUAGACUUGUACUAUGGAAAAGAAUUUCCUGGUUACCAUACUGCUCUCGACUCUUAUAAUUGGAUGGAAAAACAUGGCGAUCCAUUGUUUCUUCGUCAUUUGGCUAUCACAGAAAUUUGGGGACUAUUAGCCCUUCGCUUGGCAGAUGAUCCGGUCCUACCUUUUGAUUAUCAGGUUUAUGCUUCACAAUUACAGGAGCAUACAAAUGCACUUUCUGCCCUGAUGAAUAAUAGUCAAGCAGUCAAUUUGAUGAGUGGAUUCAUCAAUGAUCUUUCUGAUGCAGCUAUUGAAGUUCUGAAAGAGGCCAAGAAACUGCAACAGCUAGAUUUAUACAAUGAGCAUGCUAGGAUAAGAAGGCGACUGUUGAACGAUCGCCUCCUGCUUGCCGAAAGAAGCUUCUUGCAUGCGGAAGGGCUUAAAGGAAGAGGAUGGUUCAAGCACCUGGUGUACUCACCUCCGGAGGACUACGAAAGCAAGCUAUCGUUCUUCCCUGGGAUCACCGACGCCAUCUCUCGGUCGGGCAACCUGAGUGCUGAUGAACGGGAGUCGGCAAUUCAGCAUGAAGUGUGGAAAGUCUCCCGUGCCAUUCAAAGGGCCGCGAGGGUUCUUAGGGGUGAAUUCAGUCGGCAAAACGAACAGUCAAAUUUUAGUUCCGUGGUGACUCCAUGAUGUGUGUUUGUAAAUAAAAUGGUUGGUCUUUACCUGAAAUGAUAUAGUGAUGAAAUAUAUACUGCAUUUCGGUGGAAAAGCAGAAAUUUUCCUUUACUAGGAGGAA